AACUUAAUGUUGACUGUUCACAUGCUCGGAUUAAUGCGCUCUCCUUGUGUAGAGGAUUUCUGUAUGUGGGUCAGUCUGAAAGUCACACAAACUAUUUCCUGGAUAUAGUAGUCAUUCCCAACCACAUUAAUGUGCCGCGAGAGAUUCAAUUUAACUUUAUUGGUCUGGAAUUUUUUUUAAAUUCAUUAUUUUUGUUUUAAUUACCGAAUGCACAAUGUGGGAGCCAAAAUGCACUAAAGCUAAUGUGUAGUUAUUUUCUUUGGGUAAGUCAGUUGAUAUUCAGUUGAGUUGUUUAUUUUGAGGGUACAUUUUACAGUUCUGACCUAUGACUUUGUACUUGUAUCAUUAUACUGUAUAUCCUGAAUUUAUUGAUAUCAUCUCUUAAUAAGUCUGCCUGCAAGGAGAUCUGGGUUCGAAUCUGUGAAUAUUUCUCUGUAGACUGUUUUCUCCAGAUACUCCGGCUCCCUCCCAUAGCCGCUAAAAAUGCAUGUUAGGUUAAGGAGGAUUCUAAGGUCACCAUUGUUUUGAAAGUGAGAGCUCGCUACGCCUUCUGUCCUGAUUAACAAUUGUUUUAAGGUAGGAAACGGAUCAAUCAUUCUACAACAGUUGAAGUGAAAUCAGGUGUAUUUGUAUUGUACCAUUCCACAACAGAAGUGAACGCAAGGCACUUAGCGACCCGGGUUUUUAGCUCAGCGGUCACUUCACUCAACUUCCAACCGCUGACACAGGUGCGGCUGGAGGGCGCACGAUUGCCACUGUUACAUUUACACAUUGAGCAGGUCAAGAACCACACUCCUCAUAAAUUAUAUAGGUAUGUGCAGUAUAUAAGAAAACCAACUGAACCCCAUAUGCGCUAGCACUUGCUGACAGAAGCGAGAAAAACAGAACCCAGGCUGUGAGAGAUAUUAAACAGGAUAGAGGGGUUGUGCAACCGAGGGAUGGACGAGAGAACAAUGGGCGCAACAACAGCCAUAGUAAUAAGCCCAUUUCUAUCGGUUUCUGCAAGUGUUUACAUUUUUAAAUGAUCACCUACAUACAACAUUACUAGGAAAUCACAAUGUCCCAUCACUGUUGCUAUUUUUAGAACAGGUCAGCAGGCUACUCAUGUGGUCCUUGGUGUCCGCAAGCACCAUGUUGAUGACCCCUGCUAUUAAUUAGUUAUUUGUCAUAAUUGUCGUAAUGUGCCCUGUGAUUGACUGGCUACCAGUCCAGGGUGUACCCCUCGUCUCACCCAAAGUCAGCUGGGAUAGGCUACAAGCACUAUAGAAUUUUAUAAAUGCAUUUCUCUCAAUACAAUAUGUAUUUUAAUUUGGAUGCUUACCUGUCAGCAUUUUCUUACAUACAGUAUUUUCAAUGUUAACAAGCACAUAGUUCUUUUUGCACACAUUCUCCGACAUGCUGUAGCUCAUCAGUGCACCUCUUGGGACAGGCGCCAGCUCACACCCACGCAGCAGGUUGUCGUAAUCAGUCAAGACACAGUCACUAGAAACCACAUUACUGAUUGGCCAACAAGAACUGAGCCUGGGCUUGCACACUCAAAUGGAGUGGAAUAAAACAACACAAUACAGGAAACCACGGUUGCAAAAGCGCUGUUUCAAACACGCCUCUCACGUAUCCUCCAAGCCUUGGCUCGGGGUGUGUGUGUGUGUGUGCGCGCGCGCGUGUGUGUCAGAGUGAAUCUCUUAUUGUGUGUUGGUUUUGCAGGAGAGCUCAAGUUGACACCCUCCUGAAUGCUUUCCAUUGCCCUGCAUUAACAUCACUAUGGCACUGACAGAAUUACUGCCGCGCUGGAGCCUUUCUUUCUUCCAUUGUCUUCCCUUUUCCAUCUACUUUGUUCGCACGUUUUUCUGUAGAUAAUUUUUCAGUCCCUGUGUGACAAGAAUUGGACGCCUGUACAACUUUGUGUCUUUCACACCUCCUCAGUCUGCCUCUGUGGUCUGUGCCAUCCAUCUCACCAUGGAGCGCCUGCUGAGCGGCGCCACUAAAGGGGCCCUUCACUCAGCACGGACGUCACCGCUUCACAGAUGACACUAGUUGCCUGUAGUACAGGCUGAGUGGAACAGCACGACUUAAAUUGUUCUCACGUGACGAAGCCAUGCACCCCCUACUCUGUAUCAGCCUUUUUUGGUUCCUACCGCUGGCCUUGAUGCUGGAUGAUGACACGCCCUUGGACUGCGUUCCCCGCAGAUAUGUGCCCUAUCACAGCAACAACGCUCGCCUUUUUCACGAGGAGGGGGUGUCCAACUACACUGUCAUGCUGUUGUGGGAGGACCUGAAGCUACUGCUGUUGGGUGCCAGGGAGGCGCUGUACGCGCUUGACCUUCAUAACAUCUCCAAGAAACGUGCCUCUGUAAAAUGGGAGGUGACAGAGCAGCAAAAUAAUGACUGUCAAAACAAAGGAAGAGAUCCUGAAAAUGAUUGCAAGAACUAUAUCAAGAUUCUGCACCUGAUGAAGGAUAACAGGAUCUACGUGUGUGGAACGAAUGCUUUUGAACCGGAGUGUGAUUACAUGUCCUAUUCAAAUGGGAAACUGACCCUGGAGAAAACGGCUGAAGAUGGGAAAGGGAAAUGUCCAUUUAAUCCUUUCCAAAGACAUGCCUCCAUUAUGGUUGAUGAUAACUUGUACUCGGCCACUUCAAUGAACUUCCUGGGCUCUGAACUCGUCUUGAUGCGCAGCUCUCAUCCCAUUCGCACUGAGAUUAAAACCUCCUGGCUCAAUGAGCCCAACUUUGUCUCCCUGGCUCAAAUGCCAGAAAGCAACGAGGGCGAUGGUGACAUGGUCUACUUGUUUUUCAGUGAGACGGCUGUCGAGUACGACUGCUACAAGAAGCCAGUAGUGGUUUCCCGUGUCGCCCGUGUCUGCAAGGGAGACAUGGGUGGUCGCAGGACAUUGCAGAGAAAGUGGACAUCCUUCCUGAAGGCCGGGUUGGAAUGUCCUGUCCUAGGCUCACAGCUGCCAAACAUCAUCCAGAAUACGUACCGCUGGUGUGACCCCCAGACGCACUGGGAGGAUUGUUUGUUUUACGCCAUCUUCACCACACAGUCCGCCACGUCCGAACUGUCUGCCGUGUGUGUGUACAGCAUAUCUGAAAUCAACAGAGUGUUUGCAGAGGGGCAGUUCAAGACGCUGGUCCCUGUCGAGACCUCCUUUAUUUGGGUGGCAUACAGCGGGGAGGUGCCUGAACCUCGACCAGGAUCUUGUCAAACUCAGUCUCUGGAUCUCCCGGACAAAACCCUUCAUUUCAUCAAAGAUAGGCCCCUCAUGGACGACAUAAUCCAGCCAAUAGGCAAGAAACCUCUACUGGAGAGAAGGGGAGCUGCCUUUACGUGCAUUGUUGUCAACCAAGUGCAGGCUGCAGAUGGCCAGAAGUAUCAUCUGAUGUUCAUAGGCACAGAGGAUGGUACCCUUCUGAAAGUGGUAAACUGUGACGGUGAGAUGUUCAUCAUUGAGCAAGUUCAGCUCUUCCAAUCCCCCGAGUCUGUUAAGGUCCUGAGAAUUUCCGACGUCACGGGGCAGCUUUACGCAGGCUCCGACUACGGAGCAGUACAGGUGCCUCUCGCCACCUGUGGGAGGUCCUUGUCCUGUAUGGACUGCAUUCUAGCCAGGGACCCCUACUGUGGAUGGGACGCAGAUGCCGGAAGUUGCAUAGCCCUUUCCAGUCCACCGAGACAACUAAUCCAGAGUGUGAGGGAAGGAGACGCCUCUCUCUGCCCACCAGCUGAUCCUGUGCACGUUGUGAACACGUCCUUCUUGCCUGGUGGAAGUGUGAAGCUUCUCUGCCCUUCACCGUCCAACCUGGCAACGACCAACUGGGAACAAGACAGUCGCCGUGUGGCUUCUUCCCUUCGUCAUCAGCUCCUACAGGACGGACUCCUCAUACUUAACACCUCAGAUUCCGACGCAGGCCGCUACCGCUGCCUGUCGGUAGAGCACUCCAAAUUUGGCGAGUACACCGCCACUCUCGCAGAGUAUCAGCUCAGCUUGAAAGGCGAACCUAGAUUACCUCAGGCGCAAAAGGAAGGCUCCUCCACGGUCGGACUGCACGUUGUCAUUGGGCUUCUGGUCGUUUCUCUUGUGGCCCUUUUGGCCUGGAAUUUUUACAACGGCCAUCUUCCUCUGCCAUGGAACUGCAGCAAAAAGAUGAGAGGAAAAUCUUACGACUCAAAUGGCCAGGAGGACCCAGGUCCACUGUGAGCCACCGAGAUGCACUGGGACUUGGACACCACCAGAAGCACUGUUACCAUUCUGCAGUUUAUCCACAAGUACCAUAUUUUCGCGACCAUAAGGCGCACCGUAUUAAAAGGUGCAGUCUUAUUUAUGGGUCCAUUUCUGUAUUUAUUUAACACAUACAUAAGUCUCACCGUAUUAUUGGGCGCAGGCAUGGUAAAACAUACGCUAGUUUAAAACAUAUGGUAGCAUGUAGCACGCUAAAACAUACGCUAGCAUGCAUGCUAGCGUAUGUUUUUAAAAAGGAAGCGGGAGCAAAACUGAGUUCGGUUGUACAUUAUAGGAGUAUUUAACAAUGUACUCACGUUAUUUUUUGAUCAAUCCUCAUCCACAAAUCCAUCAAAAUCCUCAUCUUCUGUAUCCGAAAUGAACAGCUGGGCAAGUUCUCCAUCAAACAUGCUGGGUUCCCUCUCGUCAUUGUCUGAGUCAGUCUCGUUGCCGGGGGUGGGGCGCUGUUCAACAAUGAUGCGAAAGCAGUCAAAGCAGAUACCUUAGCCCAGGCAUCCACUUGCAAACCGUGGAUUCGUUGAAUUCUCUCACGGCUGCUCGAUUCCCAUGUUCCUCCGCGUAACUGAUAACUUGCAGUUUAAACUGCGCUUCGUAAGCGUGUCUCUUCGUAGGUGACAUUUUCGAUGUUAUUUUGCACAAUGCCCGUAAAUGCCUACUUAUUUUUCACGAUGCCCUAAAUACCUACUGGGGGCGUGCCUUUAACGUCCUAUUUCACCCGUACCCUUCCCCCUUUACGUCUGCAUGCUGUCCUCAGUCACGGCCGCCUUUCCUCUAUAUAAGCAGCGUGUCGGCAGGAAAUGCUCCCAGUCAGUCAAGCGGAGCGCUCAACAAAGUCACAACAUUUACAGAUUUUGGAACUCGGUGCACACAUAAGGCGCCCUGUCCAUUUUGUAGAAAGUUUAAGACUUUUAAGUGCGCCUUAUGGUCGGAAAAAUACGGUAGUCUAAACUUUUAAAAGACAAUUGCUUACUUGCUCUGGGAACAUGUACAGGUGUGAACGUGACUUUUCCAAAAAGCCAAAAGAUCAACUUGUGACAUUUCAGAACAAAAAAAAAAACGCUGGAUAAAAUUGCUUCUUGGUUUAUUGUUUCAUGCUAUGCUAUUUUUCUUGGGAAAACUCUUAGCUCCCAUAUAUUUGUAUUGUAUUUGUAUUUGUUCAUGACGCUCCUGGUAGCCCUAUUCUUAAUUAUUGCAAAGUGGCAUUUCCUUUCACAAGAUAUGUUAAACCUGUACAGUAAACAUGGUUACGGCAACAAUGGCCUGUUGUAUUUUUAUUUUUUGAGCAUAUGUCUAUUAAAGCUAAUGUUAAUUUU